AUUAACGCUUUUGACGUUUUAGGGGACAUGAAGGCGUGAUAUGGACACGAUUUCAACAUCCACCGAGUAUGCCCUCACGAUCAGGGGGGCGUACAAGAGGUACGGCCCGACCAGUGUCGUCCUCAAAGGACUCAACAUGACCCUGCCAAGAGGUACAAUAUAUGGAUUGCUGGGGCCUAGUGGAUGUGGAAAAACAACACUACUCAACUGUAUUGUAGGACGAGUAGAACUUGAUGCCGGUGAAAUCUUCACGAGCAGCAAGUCCAGAGCCGAUAUCGGAUAUAUGCCACAAGACAUUGCUCUCUAUUCCGUACUAAGCAUUCUAGAAACAUUCCUUUACUAUGGGCGACUGUUUGGCAUGACAUAUGAACAGAUUGAAAACCGAACUGAUCAACUGGUUCAACUUCUUGAACUGCCUUCUGCUCAAACACUAGUCGAAAACUUAAGUGGAGGCCAACAAAGGAGAGUUUCUUUUGCUGUGGCGUUGAUACACGAUCCUCAACUGUUAAUCUUAGAUGAGCCGACUGUUGGAUUGGACCCUCUUCUCAGCCAGAGUAUAUGGGAACACCUUAUGAAAUUGGCAUCAGAUGGGAAAAAGACGAUUAUUAUUACGACACAUUACAUUGAAGAGGCUCGGCAAGCAAACUUAGUGGGAUUGAUGAGAGGAGGAGUCCUGCUAUGUGAAGAGGCUCCAAAUUUAUUAAUGACAUCACACAACUGUGACAAUCUCGAACAGGCGUUUUUACAAUUAAGUCACAAACAGAAAAAUGCGACCAGUGGUGAAGAAGAACAGGAAGUUAUUGAUUAUCCAGAUAAAAGUGAAACAAAGCCUAAACCACACUUAAAAUCAGAUGGUUGGUUUACAUGGUCACGCUUUAUGGCUCAAUUAAUUAAAAACUGGUUUUUUAUGUGGAGAAACAAAGCAAUGAUGAUAUUUCUACUCGGACUGCCAUUAGUACAAUGUACAUUUUAUAAUUUGGCUAUUGGACAUGACCCAGAAGGAUUGAAAGUGGCGAUAGUAGUCGAUGAACUUCAAGGUUUAAAAGAGUGCAAAAUGUUUUCAAUGAGCGGUUGCCAUUUGGAUGAACCUUUCAGUUGUCGAUAUAUAAAUAUUUUGAGAAAUCGGACCAUAGACCUUGUGGAGUAUGACAGUCUCGAUACUGGGAAAUCUGCCGUCUCAUUGCACAAGGCCUGGGGGCUCUUGUAUUUCUCAAAUGAUUACUCGACAUCACUUGCUGAAAGGAUCAAUUUAACGAAUGACGCAUCGAAUCAUUCUAUUGAAUUCAGUCAGCUUAACGUCUGGAUGGAUAUGUCAAAUCAGUACAUUGGAAAUAUGAUCAAAGAACAUCUGUUGAGUGGUUAUGCUGAAUUUCUAGAAGAUUUAUUUAGAGACUGUGGAUGGCCAUCAAAAGCAGCAACUAUUCCUGUUCGAUUUGAGGACCCCAUAUACGGAAACAAACAUCCCAGCUUCAUUCAUUUUGCUUCACCAGCUGUGAUAGUUGUAUUUAUGUUUUACUUGCCACUGAUGUUCACUGUUGGAGUCCUGUUGUACGAAAAAAUGGCUGGCAUUCUUGAGAGGUGCAUGGUAGCUGGAGUCACAUCUUUAGAGGUAGUCGUAGCACAUUCUGUAAUCCAAUUUGUGGUUUUGUGCUUGCAAGGGUUGUUGAUGAUGAUUAUUAUGUACCAAGUAUUUGACAGUCCUUUUGUCGGCAACUUUUUCUGGACGUCGAACCUCCUUAUUUUGCAGGGAUUGAGCGGGAUGUGUUUUGGUUUCCUAAUAUCUGUAAUUUCGGAUACUAUGAAUACAGCAUCGUUCAUGGGUAUUGGAAGUUUUUUCCCUCUUUGCUCAAUGAGCGGAAUGCUAUGGCCUCAAGAAGGAAUGCACACUAUAUUAAAAACGAUCGGCUGGCUGCUUCCAACAUCUUUACCGACGGAAGCUAUGAGAGCGCUGACAGCUCGAGGCUGGGGCAUCGAACAUCCUACAGUCUAUAAAGGUUUUAUCUCAUCAACAAUGUGGAUUUUAUUUUUUUGUUUUAUGACUCGAUUAGUAAUUGGGGCCAAGAAAGGUCUCAGGAGAAGUUGAAAUUUUAUUUUCUUUGAUUCAUUUUAAAACAUUAUUGCAUUAUUUCCCACAGAAUACAAUAGUUUUAUCAAU